CGACGUAGACGUCGACGUCGGCGGCAAGAUGAUACGGGGUGAUGCUCUUGACGGAAAGGGACGUCCAUCUCUAACCCGAGGGCUCACUUCUCUCUGACCAUCGCCGUAAGCUCAAGACACAACAGCUUUGUUUUUUGAUAAAAAAAAAAAAAAAAAAACAAAUCACCCUUGUGAUCAUCAGUGAUUUUUAUUUAUAUUAAAAACAUUUCGCUCUUCGAUUAAGUGACUAAUCAAUGUGCAGUGACUAAAACAUUCUACAAUUUUUCAUCUUUAAUAGCAAUUAAUUACUAUAAAAAAUUUACUUUUUAAUAAUAAAAUAACAAUAUUAAUAUAAAUAAAAUUAAUAAAAAAUUUAACUUAGUCUUGUAAAAAAAAACUAUCAUAACAAUUUUUGGUAGCGAACGCGCGCCGAGUUUAUGUAUUGAUCGACCGCCAUAUUAGUCGCGGAGUUUUCUGCUGUGAGGGUGCGUACCGAGGAUCUGAUUGCAGUAAGGCUAGUGUCAGUUAUCAGUUAACAGUUGACAGAAUAAAACAAAAUAAAAUAAAAUAAUAAUUUAGUAAUUAUUUUUUUUAACUAAAAAAUAGUGAAAAAAAAAGUACUCGAAGGCAUCAGGCUGGGAGGUAGGUUGAGCGAAGUUGUGGGUCCCGUCGUGGAGGAGGCCAUUGAGCCAGGGGAUGCGACCCCGCUGACGGGACCCGUAAGGGAGGUCUCUAUUCCGCGAGCGCCUCCACCACCCCCGCGAAUCACGACUCCGAGUCCUCCGCGGCCGCCACCUCCGCCUCCGCCGCCUCAACAGACCCAAGUGAGGAUCCAGUCCCAGGAGCAAAUCCAGCCCUUGGUCCAGGUCCAGGUCCAGAUCCAGGAACAGCCACUGCAAGUUCACUACGCCAAUCCCUCGGAAACUGUGAUCACGCAGACAACUACCGGGUUGACUCUCACCAAAAGCCACAGCUCUGCUCAGAUUAAUCAGCACCAGCUUCUCCACCAGACCAGCGAGCCCAACAACCUCACCAUGGGCACCGUCCUGUCUUUCAGUCCCAAAGAGCGGAGGAACUCCUCGGUCUAUCCGCCAAUCGGCAGCCAGCAUGCCAAUGAUUUUACUCUCAAUAAUUUUAAUUAUGAGCAGCUCAACAAUGCCAAAAACAGGGAGAAUAAAAAUGUCGCGGCCGUCGCUCCUGCUCCUGGGAACAACACUUCGCUUCAGAAUAAUAAUAUUAAUUUGAACAACGACAGCGCGAGGAUCAUUUCGGAAAAAAAUGCUCUGGAGAAAAAUUUGAAGAAACACUCGUUGUUUAUUAAUGCGUUGUCCUGGAGACGGUUUAGCACUACUAAUAAUAAUAAGAAGAAACUUGAUAAUAAUAAGAACAAGAAUAUCACUUUUAGACAGCCGCUGGAUAAUAUUCCCAUUGUUGAUAAGAACAAAAAUAUUCAGACGCCUCAGACAAAAGCACCAGCGUCGAACAACAAUCACACGACGCACAAUUUAAAGUGUGAGAAAAUAUCGGAGCGACCUCAACCGGCAGGGCCAAGGAAAACCGUGAUCCAGGCCUCUACUUCCGAGCUGUUGAGGUGUCUCGGAGUUUACUUGCACGGGAAAUGCACAAGGUUGAGGGAUUUCCAGGCUGGGGACGCUGUCAUGUGGCUCAGAACUGUCGACAGGAGUUUGCUGCUUCAAGGAUGGCAGGACGUCGCGUUUAUAAACCCGGCGAACGUGGUGUUUGUAUACAUGCUGGUUCGCGAGCUGGUGGACGGAGAGGAGGCGUCCGAGCGCGAGCUGCAGGCGACCGUCCUAACGUGUCUGUACUUGAGCUACAGCUACAUGGGGAACGAGAUCAGCUACCCCCUGAAGCCGUUCCUGGUGGAGGACAGCAAAGACAAGUUCUGGGACCGGUGCCUGCUGAUUGUUAACCGACUGAGCACCAAGAUGCUACGUAUCAACAGCGAGCCCGGAUUCUUCACGGAAAUCUUCACCGAGCUCAAGGUAUAUGACACCCCCUGGAGGCGUCCGUCACUGAACAUGGGUCUAUAAAAUCAAAACGUCGUGCCUGCGGAACCGGAGAACGCGGGAGUCUUACUGGUGGGGGUCUCGAGCGAAGUCUCGUCGUCUCCGGAGUCGCGGUUCCAACCAAGGCAGCUUGACAAA